AUGUCUGGGCUGGUUACAAGCACCAAGUCAAGUAAGCUUUAUUUCGACUAUUCUGCCACAAAUGAAGUGUCGCCCUACCAUCCGCCGUUCCCCUUCCGACUGCCUCAAAAUACGCAGCGUCGAAUGGCAGAAAUAGCCAUAUCUGAAUACACAGUCAAUAGCCUGCUCUACCAUGCACACAGGACAAACUCGCUCUUAUUCCACGCCGACUCUCACACUCCUGGUCUCGGAAAUAUACUUAAGACUACUUGCACUGUUGAUGAAGUGUGUCUUUCUGAUCAGGUGGAAGAGAUAGGUAAGGCCUACCCAGGGCAGAGGCUGGAGAUCAUAAUAAGAACCACACAACCUCCCACGGUUCGUUUCUAUCAAGAUGAAGCGAGGCUAAGCCUGGAUGGACGAUGUUUAUUCUUCUUAGAAGGUACUCGACGAAAAAUUGGUGUGAUUCCCUUUUCGAUAGAAGCCCUAAUUCGACUACAAACUGUUGGAUCAGUACUGAAAGGGAGAAUCACUAUAACAAAGUUCUCUUUCAACAGAGGCGCUGAUUUCUUUGGUUUGUCUGUCGAAGACUUAGACGGAUUGCGGAAGACAACGAAAACGGCUAUUGAGAACAUGACAAAUGGCAUCCUAGGCAAUGGAAUCCCCUUGUCAGCUUCAAACAUAGUCUCAUCUCUUCGACUUUCCGCCAUUCACGUCUCUGUUGCCCCUGGAGCUGCACUUCUGCAAGCCAACGUUGACCUCUACAGCUCAUUCUACAACCACAGCUAA